CAGAAAAUGGGGAAGAGAUUGAGUAAAGCGCGAUCAAUCUGCUGCUGCGCCUCCCCACGGUCAUCGUGCCGGAAUCCACACGCGAUUUUCAGCUGGUAUGAAGAGGAUGUAUGGGACGAGGUUGCCAAAUUGUUGGAUGGGAGAUCUCUAGUGAUGCUUGCUGUAACUUGCAAAUGGUUUCAAGUUCCUGACCCUGGAAACGUCCCAUUCAAAUGGAUCGAACUCUAUACCACAGCUUUUGAUGGAAGUCACACAUACAUGUUCCAUCAGCAGGAGAAACAUAUUGAUUAAUUGGGUGCGAAUUGGAGGAUUCUUGUUUGACUCACCUGAUGCUCUCCUGACUGAGAGUUUAAUAGAAUGCAUAAAAACUCCCAAAGAGGAGACGUCAGAGAAAUUGGUGAAGAAAGAAGGAUACUGUUUGUUAAACAAUAUUAAAACUGGAAUUUGGAUUGCUGACGUUGGAUGCUAGGCAUAUUGAACUCUUCCUUAGAGAGGAAUAUCGUAGUGGGAGCUGGGACUACCACCUUUAAGGAUCCCAUAAUGUCUACAACCAGGCUGAUGUGGCUUCUGCUGGGAUUUUCGACAUCAAACAUCUCAAUGAUGAAUCAACUUCUGGAACAACAGCAGCCUCAAAACUGCGGCGGCUACCCCGGCUUCUCCCUCACUUGCUCCGACGAUAUUGCAGGGAGAGGAGCCCUUCUCUUGACCCUCCCAUAUUCUGGAAACUUCUCCGUCCGCUACAUAAACUACCUCAUGCAAGAGAUCCAACUCUACGACCCGGACGGCUGCCUCCCGCUGAAGCUCAUGGCUCUGAACCUGACCUCCUCGCCCUUCGAGGCCAUGUACAUGGACGAGUUCGUCUUCCUCAGCUGCCCCCGCGCUGCGGUGGCUGGGACGGGGCUCGCCACCGUCGACUGCCUCGGGAACUCCACGUCGGCGGUCGUGGCCACCACUUCGGGGACCCUCGCCGGGUCGAUGAGCAUGUGCACGACUAUGUUCACGCUCCCGAUCCCCGUGUCGUGGGACGACAGCGGCGGGCGAGGAGGAAGUGGUGAUUGGCUGUCGUCGGAUCUUGGCGGAGAUCUGAGGCUGACGUGGAGCUUUCCCGACUGCAAAGGAUGUGAGGCGCGGGGCGGAGUUUGUGGGUAUGAUCGGAACAGCACCGUCGGUGGGAUUACUUGCUACUUUGAUCACGGAAAAGGUAAAAAAGGGCUUGAGGUAUUCAAAAUCAUUGCACUAUCAAUAGUGAUACCAGCCAUCAUGUGCUCCAUAUGCAUUUCAUGCUUCACAUGCAUAGUGGAAAGAAGGGCAGCUCGGAAUAGGGCUGCCACGGUGGCGCCACCUCCACCUCAGCCACCGGCGAUGGUGGGUCUCGACGAGUCAACCAUUGAGUCAUACAAGAAGGUUGUGCUCGGCGAAAGCAAACGCCUUCCCGGACCCAAUGGUGUCACCUGCCCUAUAUGCCUAGUUGAUUAUUGUCCAAAAGAUGAACUCAGAUGCAUACCAGAGUGUCAACAUUGCUUUCAUUCCGAAUGUGUUGAUGAGUGGCUGAGAUUGAAUAGCUCUUGCCCUCUUUGUCGGAAUUCACCAUCACACCCUUUAGAAGCAGUGUGAGUGAAGAUCAAUUGUAAGUUCUAAAAGGAUACAUCAUGUUAAUAAAAAAAUUUGGAGUUAUACAUGAUAA